AUGCCCUUCUCUGGCAUGGGCUCAGAUAACGGCUAUACGCAGGACGAUGGUAUGGAGGGGUUGGCGGCUACCCGCAUGGAUGCCAACAUGAUGCAAUACGGCCCUGUUCAGACACUCGACCAAAUGAUCAGUCAUAACAACCAGGAGUUGAUGAGGAGAAGGCAGACAUUCGGGCCUCGUUUUCAAGCAGAUUCACCGCAAGCUCAUUCGCAACACGAUCCCGAACGCCGUGCAUCGAUGCUUGAAUUUAGUUCAACAACCAACGGCGAUCUUGCAGAUUUUCAGUUCGAUCCGAAUCCCCAACACGCUGCCAUGUCGAGUCGGGUAGCGAGCAACACGACCAACACGCCCCAAAGACCGCUCGACCCCCGCAAGGUGCGCUCGAAGGAGGAUCUGUCACUCGAUACAAGGUUCUCGCAGAUGUCCAGCUAUGAUGGAGGUUCAAUGAGUGCAUACCCAGCUUCGAUGAUACCCAACACAGGGGCAAGGAUGGACAUGCCGAAUUCCUUUUUACCUCAAAGCAUGGAGACGAGCAACAAUUAUGAUGACACAACCGCCGAUUUGAUGUCCAUGAACAUGACACAAAACCCCACGCACCAAUCUAUAUACACGACCUCUCCGGCAACGACCAGUUAUCCCAUGAACUUUCCUAACAAUCACGACCCAGGGGGUGGCGGGAGUCCGGCAAACAGCACAAUGAUACGGCUCUCUCAAGCGGCCAAUUCCAACGCUUCAUCUCCUCAACGGUAUCUUGCAAACCCUCAGAAUCAGAUGCGUAGGCAACCAAUGAUGCCCAGUCCGUUGUCUCGGUCUGCUCAAAACCCCCUUGUCCAGACUAAUGUGCAUAACAAUUCGCAGUCAUCAGCCCAUGUGCCACCCGGCUCGACUGCAGCUCAACACCAGCCAUCGCACACACAGUCUCGUCGUUCUUCUAUGGAAAUGGGCUCGCCCUAUAUAAACCAGCCUGGUCACGAUGCACAGAUGGACAGCAGACAUCCACCGACUCAGGCUUACAAGUCAAGGUGGGCCAAUGCGUACUCUACUACAGGCUUUGAUAUGCUUGCUAUUCUAAUGCGAGUAGCAACGCGUAAAGACCCACAAAUAAACAUAGGACCUGUUGAUCUCUCGUGCGCAUUUGUGGUGUGCGAUAUUGCGAAGCAUGAUUUGCCGAUAGUGUAUUGCUCUGACAUGUUCGAGCGCUUGACGGGAUAUUCUAGACAUGAUAUUCUUGGGCGCAACUGCCGCUUCCUCCAGGCUCCUGACGGCAAAGUACAGUCAGGCAUCAAAAGAAAAUACGUCGAUGAUAAGUCCGUGCUCUAUUUGAAGAAUCAGGUCGUCAAAAGGGAAGAGGCACAGCUGUCGCUUAUCAAUUACAAAAAAGGUGGUCAGCCUUUCAUGAAUCUACUAACUAUGAUUCCUAUCGCUUGGGAUACGGAAGAACUAAAGUAUUUCGUUGGUUUCCAGGUAGAUUUGGUGGAACAGCCAAACUCUGUGUCUGCCAAAAAUCCAGAUGGUACCUACGAGAUCAACUACAACAGAAGUGCGCUUCCUGCUUAUCGAUUGCCGGCACCAGACACGAGCAGCGCUCUCGAGAAUAUGGGUGGCCAAACAAUCUCCAAGGACGAAAUAUCUCAAGUCCUAGCAACGAUCGGUAGUGGUGACAACGAGACCUCACGAAGGAUUUGGGAUAAAGUCCUGCUGGAAAACACCGACGAUGUAGUCCAUGUGUUGUCCUUGAAGGGUCUGUUCCUCUACCUAUCGCCGGCAUGCAAGACCGUCCUCGAAUACGAACCGAGUGAACUCGUCGGCACAGCUUUGUCAUCUGUGUGCCAUCCCUCCGAUAUCGUGCCUGUUACGAGAGAGCUGAAGGACUCGUCCAAUGGUUCAGCCGUCAAUGUCGUUUACCGGAUUCGCCGAAAAAACAGUGGCUAUACCUGGUUCGAGGCACACGGUUCCCUACACACAGAACAAGGCAAAGGCAGGAAAUGCAUCAUACUGGUCGGUCGGCAGCGACCUGUAUACGCCCUAGAAAGAAGCGACAUCGAUCCCGGUGAUAAUGCUGGGGAUGCCGAGCUCUGGACGAAAUUAUCAACGACUGGCAUGUUUCUAUACGUAUCAUCCACGUCAAGAACCAUGCUUGAUCGUAUCCCAGAUGAUCUUCUUGGCACGAGUAUGCAAGCUUUAAUGCGACCAGACUCGAGAAAAGAAUUUGGCAGAGUGCUUGAGCUUGCUCGUAUGGGUGAAAAAUCCACCUUCAAACACGACUUGCAGAAUCGAAGAGGACAAGUAUUGCAAGCACAAACCACAAUCUACCCUGGUGAUGCUAAAAAGGGUUUGAAACCUACCUUUCUUCUUGGCCAAACUCGUCUACUCAAGAUGACGCGUGCGAUGUUGCUAAAUCACAAAAGCGCAGGUCCAAUACCUCGGUCGGAUGCUUCUAUGGGCCCGGAUACCCCAGUAACACCGCUCACACCAGCUGUUCCAUCUCAAGUGCCUAACCAUCGUCAAAUCGGCACCAAUCCACCUACUGGGAAUGAAGCGUUCGUGAGCUCCUCCGGUAUCUUGACAGAGGCUGGCUCAGGUGGUGUUCCUAUUGGCUCUCAGGACGAAGCGCUCGCGAGUGAGACGAAUAUUUUUGACGAACUCAAGACAACCCGAAGUACAAGUUGGCAAUUUGAGUUGAGGCAGAUGGAAAGACAGAACAGACUGCUCGCCGAAGACCUGCAAACAUUAAUGAGCAGGAAGAAGAAACGAAAGCGGAGGAAAGGCUUAGGUAAUCUUGACAAAGACUGCGCGAACUGUCACACACGAGUCACGCCGGAAUGGCGAAGGGGUCCAAGUGGUCAAAGAGAUCUGUGUAAUAGUUGUGGCCUUAGAUGGGCCAAGCAGUACAUCUCGGACAACAAAUAA